UCUUGGGGUGCCUGGGGAGCUGGUUUGGAAUGCGCUAGAGAGAUCCUGCAGAGCUCCCCUACCAUGGCAGGCUUUCAGAAGUGGCCUGUGCUGGAAUGGAAGAAGCAAUUACAGUGGCCCAGGUUUAAGAUAAUAAGGCCCUGUGUUAUGAUAGUGACUGAUUGAGCAAGGGUGUGUAUACAGCACAUAUUUUCUAUUGAUCGAAUGUAUAGGUCUUGGCAACUAAUUGGAUAUGAAGGGAAAAGACAUGGACACAUUUGGCGGUAAACUUUGUAGUAUAAGGACUCAGAAUUGGGUGAAUGGAAAAGUAAUGGAGAUGAACAAAAAGAUGGGAAAGUGAGAGAAGCAGACUGAGUAGGAAACUUAUUUUUCUUUUGAGCUAUGUUUUGUUUGAGGGCCAGUAGAGCAUCUAGUAGCUCAGAAUCAAAGUUUCAGAGUGUCAGGGCUGAAGAUAAGUAUUUUGCAGUCACAUAAAGGAGAUAGUUGAAUGCAUGAAAUAAAGUCUAGUGGUGCCGUAUUUAUUAUUAAAAGGGUUUGCAUAGCUGACACUGAGACUCACUCUUAUUGGUAGAAUCAAAAUAAGAUUAAGGUACUUUCUGUAUUUUAAAGAAUCUAAUAUAUCAUUCUUAACUGCAGUUUCUCAUUUUUAUAAGAGAAUGGUCACUGGGCUGCAUUUUUAAAAAUUAUUUUAGAAAGAGAACACAAGUUAGGGAGAGGGGCAGAGGGAGAAUCUUAAGCAGGUUCCAUAUUGAGCGUGAAGCUAGACUUGGGACUAAAUCCCACAACCCUGGGAUCAUGGCCUGAGCCGAAAUCAAGAGUCAGAUGCUCCACCGACUGAGCCACCCUGGUGCCCCUGAACUGCAAUUUUAAGUUGCCAAAUCAUGCAACUGGACAUCAUACUUGGAAAUCUUAUCACCUGUGGAAUUGUCUUACCUAGCCACAGAUCACAGGAGACUUAAGAAACUUUAUGAUAAUGAAAGAUAUGUUCCCAUAAGGUGUAAAAAAUGCUUUUUAAAAAAUCAUUCCAUUGGGAUCUCCUCAUAACAGCAUCUCCUCAUAACAGUGGCCUUCUCCUUUCAAGCAGAUUUCUCUCCAAAUUGUGCUCUCUUAUAAUCAGUGGUUCUGAGGAUAGGGCGGAACUUAAAGGAGCCGAGUCCCUCUGGACAGUGUGUGGAUUCCCUCUGCAACAUCUCUUCUGUGUAGUUACCCAGCCCUAGUAACAGCUAGGACCCCACCCUCUUUCUCCUCCUAUUCAAUUUUGACCUUCUGUAUCAGAAACAGGUAGUGUUUUCCAGUGUGUCUGUUCUUCUAGUUCUCUUCUGAGCACUUGGCUUGGGCAUAGGAUUCAAUUAAGUUAUGUUAAAACAUCUUUCUAAAAUGAAUACACAAUAAUGCAAUGCACUAUAUUCACUCCUAAAAACUGUCCUCAGAAAACUAGCUGGUAAGCAUAUUUAUAAUUAUACCCCAAUACAAAGCACAUUCCUGAAAGCAAGUGGUAAAGCAGCCCCCAUUUUAUAACCACAUAAUACAAACCACCACCACACAAUAUAAAAUAACAGAAUUUGUGAGAUGCUUAUUUUAGAACACUGUUUUUUUAACAUAUGCUUGAUAAGUUGGUAAGAAAAAGAGCAGCUAUUUUCUCAUUGUUAUGUUCUUUUCUGAUUCAAAGGGAUGUCACAGGUAUGAACACAGUCAUCUUGAUAAAGGCUUUCACAGAAGGAAAGGCGUAUUGGUCACAUUUUACUGAUACAAAAGAGACAAAAAUGUCACACCAAAUGCAUCCUAACGUCAGUCAAGGCUGCCAAGGAGGCUGUGCAACGUGUUCAGAUUACAAUGGAUGCUUGUCAUGUAAGCCCAGACUAUUUUUUGUUCUGGAAAGAAUUGGCAUGAAGCAGAUUGGAGUGUGUCUCUCUUCAUGUCCAAGUGGAUAUUAUGGAACUCGAUAUCCAGAUAUAAAUAAAUGUACAAAAUGCAAAGCUGACUGUGAUACUUGUUUCAACAAAAAUUUCUGCACAAAGUGUAAAAAUGGAUUUUACUUACACCUUGGAAAGUGCCUUGACAAUUGCCCAGAAGGGUUGGAAGCCAACAACCAUACCAUGGAGUGCGUCAGUAUUGUGCACUGUGAGGCCAGUGAAUGGAGUCCUUGGAGUCCAUGCAUGAAGAAAGGAAAAACAUGUGGCUUCAAAAGAGGGACUGAAACACGGGUCCGAGAAAUAACACAGCAUCCAUCAGCAAAGGGUAACCUGUGUCCCCCCACCAGUGAGACAAGAAAGUGUACAGUGCAAAGAAAGAAGUGUCAGAAGGGAGAACGAGGAAAAAAAGAAAGGGAGAGGAAAAGAAAAAAACUUAAUAAAGAAGAAAGUAAGGAUGCAAUACCUGAUAACAAAGGUCUGGAACCCAGCAGAGAAACUCCAGAACAACGAGAAAACAAAGACAAACAGCAGCAGAAGAAGCGAAAGGUCCAAGACAAACAACAGAAAUCGUCUGUGGAUCUCUUUUGGGGAUUGAAGUCACCCUAGCUGAAGGCCUCACCAGUGUUUCACAGAGGACACAGCCAGCCCAGGGCAAGAGGAAGCAUCUCUGAGCAAGCAGUACAGGAGCUCAUGGCCCACCUUAACCUUCUGUUGUAAUGGAAGGAUGCAUGAUUGCUCUGCCCACUACACUGCCUAGCCCUCUAAAGAUCAUGCUUCCUGAAGAAUUGGCAAUGAAUCUGGCUUCUGGCUGCCUAUCUCUGGUCACCCCUUUUCCACCAACUGUACUGUUCAUGUAGACUGCUUGCCUUAAUUCGUUUUUCGUUUCUUUUUUUGUCUUCCAAGAUAUAAAAUUUUUGAAUGAUGCA